AUGGCACUCUUCCUCCUAGCCCCACUUGCUGUGGGGCUGCUGGCUGUCUCCUGCCAUGCGGCCCCUCUCCAGGGCAAGCCACAGGCGUUUGUCACCUUCCCAGGGGAUCUGACCAGCAGCACCCUGACGGAUCUGCAGCUGGCAGAGCGCUACCUGCUGCGGUUUGGCUACACCACGGAGGGGGAGGCGAAGACGGGCAGCAGGCUCGUGUCCCUGGGCAAGGCACUGCGCAAGAUGCAGAAGCAGCUGGGCCUGGAGGAGACAGGGGAGCUGGAUGCCACCACACUAGAGGCCAUGCGAGCCCCCCGAUGCGGUGUCCCUGACGUGGGAACCUUCCUCACCUUUCAGGGGGACAUCAAGUGGGACCACAUGGACCUGACCUACCGGGUGAUUAACUACUCCCCUGAUCUGGACCGUGCUGUGAUCGAUGACGCCUUCAGGCGAGCAUUCCAAGUGUGGAGUGAUGUGACCCCUCUCACCUUCACCCAGAUAUACAGCGGCGAGGCAGACAUCAUGAUCAUGUUUGGCAGCCAAGAACAUGGAGACGGGUACCCCUUCGAUGGCAAGGAUGGGCUUCUGGCCCACGCCUUUCCCCCGGGCAAAGCCAUCCAGGGUGAUGCCCACUUUGACGACGAUGAGUUCUGGACACUGGGAACUGGCUUAGUGGUGAAGACCCGCCACGGGAAUGCCAAUGGUGCCAACUGCCACUUCCCCUUCAUCUUCGAGGGCCGCUCCUACUCCCAUUGCACGACAGAGGGGCGCAAGGAUGGGCUGCCCUGGUGUGCCACCACCUCCAGCUACGACCGGGACAAGAAAUAUGGUUUCUGCCCCAGCGAGCUCCUCUACACCAAUGAUGGCAACAGCGAUGGGGCCCCCUGUGUCUUCCCCUUCAUCUUUGAGGGCACCUCCUACGACACCUGCACCACGGACGGGCGCUCCGAUGGCUACCGCUGGUGUGCCACCACCGCCAACUUCGACCAGGACAAGAAAUACGGCUUCUGCCCCAACCGAGACACAGCGGUGAUUGGCGGCAACUCCCAAGGCGACCCGUGUGUCUUCCCUUUCACCUUCCUGGGGGAGUCCUAUAGUGCCUGCACCAGCCAGGGCCGGCAGGAUGGCAAGCUCUGGUGUGCCACCACCAGCAACUACGACACCGACAAGAAGUGGGGCUUCUGCCCUGACAGAGGUUACAGCAUCUUCCUGGUGGCUGCCCAUGAGUUCGGGCACUCACUGGGGUUGGACCACUCCAGUGUGCGUGAAGCCCUGAUGUACCCCAUGUACAGUUACAUCCAGGACUUCCAGCUGCACCCUGAUGAUGUCCAGGGCAUCCAGUACCUCUAUGGUCGUGGUUCUGGCCCCAGGCCCACUGCACCUGCACCUGCUCCCACUGAGGAGCCCCAGCCCGUGCCCACGGAGGAGCCCCAGCCCCUGCCCACGGAGGAGCCCCAGCCCGUGCCCACAGAAGAGCCCCAGCCCAUGCCCACGGAGGA